CGGCAGAACCCGCUAGCAGCAGUGCCGAUGGCAGCAAAACCCGGUACCGCCAUCUCCGCGCACUUCACAGAUCCAGGCUGCACACCAUCAUGGCAGCCCAGGACCGCACCAGCAACCGACCCGUGGUUCUGAAGACCUUCAUGAAGGCCCGCAUGUCCUCCUCCCUGCGGGCCAAGCUGGAGGUGGAGGUGGCCCAGCUGCGGGCCCUGAGCGGGGUGCCCGGGGUGGUGCAGCUCAUACAGCAGUUCGAGGACGAGGACUCCGUCUACAUUGUGCUGGAGCGAUGUCCCGGUUCCACGCUAAUUGAGAUGAUCGCCAACAGCGGGGGCCGCCUGUCCGAGGCGGUGCUGGUGCCUGACGUCCUCAUCCCGCUCACCCUCGUCUUAGCGGACCUGCACAGACGCGGAGUCGUACACCGCCAAAUAAAACCCGAGCACACGCUCUGCCACCCCUCGGAGGGCGGGGGCGGGGUUACCCUGGUUGACUUCUCUGAUGCCGUAAACAAGACCCAGCGCUGUCUCAACAACCGAGCGGGGGCUCUGGAGUACAUGGCCCCGGAGGUCCUCAACAAACCCACAGCUGAGGAGGUCUUCCACCAAGUGCUGUACAACGGAAUGAGUGAGGAGGAGCUGCCACAGUACGACGAGAAAGCUGAUGUUUGGAGUCUCGGAGUCCUGACCUUCGAGGCGCUCACGGGCUGCCAGCCCUUCCUGGCGGACACACCUGCCGAGAUGGCGCGGCUGCAGCGGGAGCUGCUCUCGCAGCUGGACGCGGCGGGGAGCCCCUGGCUGUUCGCGGACUGCGGUGGCCGCGGUCACCUGCUGUCCCGCGAGGCCAGGUCCUUCUUGCUGGAGGCGCUGCAGCUGGACCCCAUCAACCGGAGCUCAGCGGAGAGGCUGCUGCAGCACCCUCUGAUACAGAGCUACUGGCCGAAGUACCAGUCGAGGCAGCCGCAGCAGCAGGCGGCAGCGGCGGCGGCGGCUGGGGCUGCAAAGCCUGCGCUGCCACUCCCCCUGCUGCGGCCGGCCAGCCGGGGCGGCGGCGGCAGCGGCAGCGUAACUGCCCCCGUUGCAGCGCCGUCGCCGCCGGUGAACGGCAUGACGGCAGCGGCAGGCAGUGGGGGACAAGGUGCUGCGGCGGUGGCGGUGGCGGUCGCUGCGGCGGCGGUGGCGGCGACUUCUCGUACAGCAGUGGGCGGUGCCGCCGCGGGUUGUUCGUCGGUGGCGGCGCCGGCGGUGGCGGCACAGAAGGCUAGCUUGCUGGUGACGGCGCCGCUGCAGUUCCCUGUUCGAUAA